AUGUCAAAUCUUAACCAAGCUGAUCAGAACAUUCAAAUUUCAUCAAAUGCAGAAAAUAUCCAAAAGCUGAGUAUCGAUCUUUCGAAGGUUUAUCAUUGUCAAACGGGAGUUUUGACACCAUAUGACCUUUUCGAAUAUGCACUUUACAUCAUCAGUAUAUUUCCUACUCACUUUGUCGAUUUCCAAGUGAUGAAAGCUUGUCGAAAUCUGUCAGAACUUCGAGAAAAGCUUUCGCAAGCACAUCAACCUUGUCAAUUGGAUGCAACGUCAGGUUUUGGAUGCUCGAAGACUCGAACAAAUCUGCGUCUUCCAAAAGCUUUAUUGAAAUUUACAAGAGAAGAAGGUCCUACGGGAAAAGUUAUGCCAAGUACAGAUAAUGAGAAAAAAACAAAAUCAAUUGUAUUUUGA